AUGUUCAUUCCUAAGAAUAUUGUUGGUCCCAAGGAACCAGGCUUGUACUUCUUCCGUUCUUCCAGUCUGAUGAGCAGUGUUGCGAAGGGCGUCCCGCUUACUUUUCAGUUCCUCGAGGUGAUCAAACCAAAACACUCGAUAGUGUUAAUCCUUGCAUCGUCGAAUAGUUUUCUUUGCACAUCUGAUCAUAAAAUUCGUGAUAUCAUUGAAAAGUUUGUUGGGAAGUUGAUUGAAGUUGAGGGGACUUGUGUGAAGUUCAUUCUCUUAAAGAAUUGUGAAUCUAGGCCAGUCGGCCUUCUUGAAGUUCCAUGA